AUGUAUGAUGCAGCACUUAAGGGAGACGUACCAUCCUUGCUCGACUUGCUAGACGAAGAUCCACUAAUCCUUGAUCGAUGCAAUAUCGAAAAUUCAAGUCGUGUGAUGCAAUCUCCUUUACAUGUAGCUGCUAAUUUGGGACAUUUAGAUUUCAUAAUUGAGAUUCUACGUCGAAAACCAGAAAUAGUUGAGGAACUUGAUUAUUGUUACACCAAAGGACCGUCACCACUACAUUUGGCCUCGGUGAAAGGGCACUUGGAAGUUGUUAGACAUUUGCUUGCAGUGAAGCCUAACUUAUGUUUUUGGCGUGAUGGGGAUGGAAGGAACCCGGUGCAUGUCGCCGCAAUGUGUGGGCAAGUUCAUGUGCUCCUUCAGGCUAACUCACAAGCAGCAUGGGAGCGGACUAAUAACGGUGAUUCUGUUUUACAUUUGUGCAUUAAAUAUAGACAGCCAGAGGCUCUUAUGUUUCUGUCGAUGGUUCUAGAUGAUCAUCAGUUGAUUAACUUAAAGGAUAGUGAUGGUAAUACCAUCUUGCACUUAGCAGUGAUUGCUAAACAACCAGAGAUUGUAACAUUUUUACUAAAAGCCACAUCCAUUGAAGUAAAUGCCAUUAACACAAAUGGCUUCACAGCAAUGGAUAUUCACAUUCGAAGCAAGAAGGAUUUGAAGGAUGAGGCAAUUUUGCAGUCACUCAAGCAUUACAAAGCCUUACAAUCAAAGAAUAUGCUCAAAACACAAAGAAUAGCAAGUGAUCAAGAUUGGUUGGAGAAAAAACGCAACGCGCUAAUGGAAGCUACUUGUAGGAAUUUUGACGAUAACCAUGUGGAUCGCAGUGUCAGCUACAACUAUGACGUACUUGUUCUCAAUAUGUUUUUUGUCACGCUAUAUACACGGCUCCGAACGGGACCGUACAACAUGGGUUACAUGCCUAUGCAAUAUCAUCGUUAUUCCUUGGGCUUUGUUGAUAGCAAUUUUGCUCCUUGGACAUGGCAUUCGCUUUAUAGCAAAGUUGAUUAG